AUGAAAUAUUGCUCUGCCUUUUUUAUUUUUUCGCUCCUUUACGGAGUAGUUUUAAGCAAUGAGCUCUCUUCAGACUGCAUCUCGACACAUUUGCUCCCUGUCAUCACCACCUCUGUGACUGGCUUUGCGCCUGGAGCAACGCUGGCGGCUCCCGCUCCCGGUACAGACAAGUCACCAGCAUCUGGAUCUGACUCUGGCCUACAGCCCGAGUCUGUUUCUGGCCUAUCCAAUCCUAGUAACACCAGCCCUGCAUCGGUUCAGCCAAUUCCCCCCAACGUCGGCAUUUCGUCUACCCAGGGCUCCGGUUAUGUGAACCCCACCAACGCUGUCCCUACGCCAUCCUCGUCUGUUCAUCCCGAUUACGUGUCUGGAGCCCCUAGCAAGAUUGGUAGAGCUAUGUGUCUGGCGGGCUCUAUUACUUUGAUGAUUCAGUUGGCCGGUUUGGUCUGA